GGGCCGGCAGGACCAAAAGGUCAACAGGGGGCAACAGGAUCUCAAGGUCAACAAGGAGCUACAGGUUUACCUGGUCAACAAGGACCACAAGGUCAGACGGGAUCUGCAGGUCAAAGGGGUCAACCUGGACAAGCAGGAGCUCCUGGAAAUGCUGGUCCUCAAGGUGAUACAGGGCCACGUGGACAGCCAGGAAUUCAAGGUUUGCAGGGAAGUCCAGGUAAUCCAGGACCAAGCGGGCCAGUCGGGCCGCUUGGUGAAGCUGGUCCAGUUGGCGAUCCUGGAUUGCAAGGAGAACAAGGUUUAAGUGGUGGCCAAGGUCCAGCUGGACAGCGUGGAGAUCCUGGUCCUCAAGGUCAACCAGGUUUGCAAGGUCAACCUGGACCUCAAGGAGUACAAGGUAGCCUUGGGGAUACUGGAGCACCUGGUCCAGCUGGUAGAGCAGGAAGUCCUGGUAAAUUUUUUUAA